AUGCGAGCCACUUUGGAUGCGCGGGCACUCAAACCAUUCACCAAAGCUUUGCAUUGCUUGUCUAAGUACGGCGACGACCUGACAAUACAUGCUACCGACGAAUGCUUGACACUUUCCACGACAAAUUCAUCGAUGUCUGCAUACUGCCGAUUCAAAUAUGAACGGCAGUUUUUCAGCAAGUAUACGCUAGGCUCGCAAAGCAGUGCAUUUGCGACGAGCCAUGACGCAACGAAUGUUACAGGGCAACUAUUGACGAAGUCGCUUCUCUCAAUACUCAGGCACAGAACUGUAGAGAAGACCGUGGACCGCUGUGAACUAUCCAUCAUCGAAGGAGAUACAUCGGAGCAGAACGACGACGGCGAAGAAGAUAGCCUGGAGAGUAGAUUGACUGUCCGCCUACAUUGCAAGCAUGGCAUAGUCAAAACACAUCGCUUGAUUCUGCAGAUUCCAAGUGCCAUGAUGGCGCCAGGUUCGCCGGAUACUGAUAACGAGUCACAUCUCACAAUUGGUCCGAGAGCUGUGAAGGACAUGCUGGAGCACUUUCCCGUAGCUAGGGGUACGAAGUCGGACCCGCAACUCGUGUGGAGCUUCAAAGAUACAGAAGUAGAAGUUAAGAGCCUAGAGACGUCUUUGGAUUCAAAAGGGCGCUCUCAGCUGUCUACGGAGCUUUCUUUAAGUGCUGAUGAGUUUGACACGUACGACGUAUACUCAUGUCCUACUACUAUCGCUUUUCACCUUCGAGAAUUCAUUGCUACGAUAGCAUUUGCCGAGUCUCUAGGUCUUGCACUAGAUAUUCGAUUCACAGACCCGGCGAAUCCCCUUUUCAUUGAUGUCGAAAGCGAUUUGGCCGAAAGUUUAUUUGUUAUAUCAACCAGCCAAGUACCUGGUCAGCCCUUCCAACCAAGCCAAGCCCAGCCCUUGAAUAAUAGAAGCAAUAAGCGCGAGAGAGAAGGAGAUGCGGCGGAGCAUCCAAACAAGUACAAGAAGCCGAUGAAGGCUGCACAGCGCGAUACAAUACCCUCAGCAAGGGCCUCUAGCUCGACCCCCCUUCCGCAAUCUCGUCAUGUUAGUCGAGCUUACGAAACGCCGUGCACCCCAGGGCCCUCAAACCGUCCGGAAGGCCCGCAUCGAGAUCCCCUCUUCUUGCCAACUUCUUCGCAGCUGUCCGUGGCUGAAGAAGCAGCUAUCAGGUCAUCAGGUCUGGGCAUAGAAGACAUGGAUAGGGCAACGUUCGAAGCGAUGAUGGACGGCGAUGCCGAAGAAAUUGGGCCAGAGCUCGCAAAUAGCCAAGCAAGUUUCACGCUUGGAAGCGACCAGCCGGACAGUUUUGAACUUGUUGAAGACGUGGAGAUGGCACCAUCUCAGUCUGAGUCCAUCACCUCCCGCUCAUCACAUAAGGGAUUCAAGCCUCUUUUCGAAGACUAA